AUGAACCACGAGCAUGAUGUUCCUGAAAGUACCGCAGUCACAGUAACUGAUGUAUCUUCUCGCUCUUCAAGUCCACUAAGGGACCUAAAAGAGUGUGAACACAUGACCAGCUCACCAAGCGACAGUCCUAUGACAAGUCCUCAUACAGUUUCAAGUCCUUCACAUGGCGAUGAUCACAAGGACAUGCUUCAGUUGUUGACAGACGGAAAUAAUGAAUACCCAUCCAAGUCUAGUCCACUUAGCACACCUGAAAAGCAGGUUUCAGAUACAUCAAAGAAUUCAGAGAAUGAAAUUACACCUGAAAAAGAAAGGACCAGCUCAGAUAAACUUUCUCCGACCAGUGGUCAGCAUGUGGACGAGAAACCUUCACCUACAGUUAAAUCAUCCCACAGUGAAAAGGCCGGUCCUUCUUCUUCUCCGGUUGCUGGACCAUCUCAGGAGAAGAAACGCAAAUUGGAAAUCUCUGACUAUGAAAUGAAACAAGCUGUCAAAAAACAUCAAAAACAAGAAGAGGAAAGAAUGAAAAUGCAGGUGUUGGUUUCGAACUUUUCAGAAGAACAGCUGAACAGGUACGAGAUGUUCAGGAGAGCAACAUUCCCAAAGGCGGCAAUCAAAAGGCUGAUGCAGAACAUCACAGGCAGCAGUGUGUCUCAGAAUGUUGUCAUUGCCAUGUCUGGGAUUUCCAAGGUGUUUGUUGGAGAGGUCAUUGAGACAGCCCUGGAUGUCAUGGAAAAGUGGCAUGAUUCUGGGCCGCUGCAGCCAUGUCACCUGAGAGAGGCUGUUCGCAUCCUUAAAGCAAAGAGCUUGAUACCUACAACAAAGAGCAAAAAGAUACUGUUUUAA